AUGGCGUGGUCCCCGCAAUUCGUUGACAAUUUGUGUUGGCGUCUCAAAGCUUUGGGAGCUCCCAAAGUACUGGUGUUUGCCACUCUUUUGACGAUCUGGACUGACAUUCCAGAAUCAAGUUGGCAGGACAAUUCUGUGUUCUCCUUUGUUGAGACCUUCGCAGGAGAGGCCCAGGCUACCAUGGCAUUCCGAAGCAGUGAUUUCAGGUCUGCACGGCUAGAUCUUAAAUACAUGAGUGCUGAAGCUGACCGUUGCAACCCCAUGGACCUUUGCACACCACCUGGAUUUGCGACAGCAUUGGCAAUCAUUUUGCGAGGAGAUGUGGAUAAGGGCUGGUGGAAUCACUACGGGUUGAAAUGUGCUUCAUGGACAGCUGUCAAUUCCGGUACCAGUGGUAGGUCACCUUGCAGUAGCAUUGGAAACAUUGAACAUGCUUCGGUACGUGAAGCCAAUUGCCUUGGGAGCCGGAUGCUACUUUUGAUGAUGGUAGCAGUUUGUCUCAAUGCCGUGAUUACCCUGGAACAACCCUUUUCGUCCUUCUUUGAGUUCUACCCUAGAUUCCGGGACUUUAUUCGGAUGUUGCAGCAUACCGGUGGACCUCAUGCAGUCCACAAAACCAGCUGGUACAUGCUGCACUACGGUGGACCGACACCCAAACGACAUUAUGCGUUUGCCAAUACCCACCAUAUUGACAAGUUGAACCUUGGUCAGUUGAGGGGAUGGCUUCAAAAGAAGGAAGCGUUGAAAGAGCUGGGUCAAACCUAUGACUUGGUGGACAAGUAUGUAGAUGCUUCUGGACAACCCCGUUGGAAAGGCAACAAGCGCCUACGCUCCUCCGAGUGCUACCCACAAAAGUUCGGGCAGAAGCUCGUGGAGAUGUUCUACCUGAUGAUCAAGGAGAAGCGUGGGAUGCCAGAACUUCCAGAACAUGUCCCCAGUGCGGCGGAAACAUUCGCCAGCAUGUCGUUUGAUGACAUGUGGCAAGAAGCAUUUAUGUCUGAUGUUUGCCAUUACCUUAGGGGUGGUGUUUAUCUAAAGGUUCCCCCGUCCUUUUCGGGCUUGCUGCCAAAAAGGCUCUAAGUCCACUAGCGCCAGUUUGUGCAUUAGCGGGUGUUGCUGUUCAGCCGACAGCCAAAAAAUGGAAUGG